AUCUACUUCCUUUCAACCUUUCAAAGCACCAGAGGACACAAACCCCCACCCCGCCCCAGCCACAAAAUACAGGCCUCAUUCCCCUCUUGGUCACCCUGCCAAUCAUGAAGACGGCCCUGUGGACUCUGCUGCUAUUCUGCCUGUGUGUCCCGGGACGCAGUGACUGCCAGAACGACUGCCUCUCCUGCAGCCAGCAGCUGCACAAAGACCAGGCCUUCAGCAUGCUGGUCUGUCUGGUGGAGUGCGAGGGCAACGCUGCCCCGACCCCUACCUGGGAGCUGUGCCGCCAGGCAGCUGAGCAGGUGCAGUUAACCUCCUUUCCACUAGGGGGCACCAUGCUGAAAAGAGAAGAGGAGGCGGUGGCUGCCAUGCUGCCCGCCGACCAGGGAAACAGAGGGCUCUUGUACUCUGGGGCCCUGCAGCAAUUCGACAACGUGGCACGGGCGCUGGGCAUCGACGAGCUGGGCAGGGACAGCCGGACGGCUCAGCUCAGCGCCGCCUACCGCUCCCGGCAGGGCGGGUCCGAGGAGGAAGAGGAGGAGGGCGAGGAGGAAGAGGGGAACAGCGUGAUGGACGGGCAGGAGAACGGGGCAGCCCUCAACCUGACCAAGCGCUUCGGCGGCUUCCUGAAGGGCAAGUACGGAUACAGGAAGCUGAUGGACCCCGGCCGGUCCUUGCAGAAGCGCUACGGCGGGUUCAUAGGCGUCCGCAAGUCCGCCCGAAAGUGGAACAACCAGAAGCGCUUCAGCGAGUUCCUCAAGCAGUACCUGGGCAUGACGGCCCGCGCCAGCGAGUUCAACAGCGUCUCGGCAGACAUCACGCGGCAGAACGAGGUGUAGCGCCCCCCGCCAACCCCCCCGGCGCGUUUGCCGCCAUAGCAACAACAGCUUACAACCAUGACAUGAAACAUAGAACACAAAGCGUGUUGCAAUCGUUUUUUUUUUGUAAAUGCCCACAUCUUUCAUGAAGUAAUGUGGUCGCCUCACAUACUUUAAAAAAAAAAAAGCAAAGAAAAGAAAGAACUCAAAGGAUUGUACAUAAACCAUGUAGAAAAGGGCCCUGCAGAAAUGGGGGAAAUCAUGACAGAUUUAUCAUAUCUGUUAUGGGGGCAUUUUAUGAAUAAUUAACAGCUGGAACAUAAAAUCAAACACUUCAAUUAAUUCUAGACACUUUCAUAUACAUUUAACAUCCUAUUAUGGGUCAACAAAAUGCAGGGUAGUAAAAGUCAGUAGUAUCACGUGGUCUUCAUCCUUACAUGUUAAAUCCAUCCGUGACAAAGAGUUCACCAAAAAGCACUUUAUAUGUUCAAGUCGUUUUAAAAUAUAAUAUAAUAUAGCUAGUUACAAUGAACAUUGGCUGGGGUGUUAAAAUUCCCAUACUUGAUUGCUGGGCUAAGUGGGAGGACACUCAUCCCUUUGACGACACUGCCCUCUAGUGGUCAUUCAGAAACAGUUUUACCGCUCCGAAACUUGUCGCCUCAAAAGUGUCAUCAAAUCCACCGGAAUAUGUAUGUAUUUUUUUUUUUUAAUGACGAGCUUUCGAUCAAAUCUUGAA